UGUGUACUCACUGGCCUCUUAUUCUUCGGCCCCCCUAAAUUGUUUGUUAAUUUUUAUAGAUAAAAAUGAGUGGAAAGGCGUCGAAAUCAAACAGCGCAACGAGCAGCAUGCUCUAUGGCUCCAGCAUGUCGGCGGAGUCCAUGAAGGUGAUUGCAGAAAGCAUCGGCGUUGGGUCUUUGUCAGAUGAUGCCGCUAAGGAGUUGGCCGAAGAUGUCUCCAUCAAGUUGAAGAGAAUCAUUCAGGAUGCAGUCAAGUUCAUGCAUCAUGCCAAACGUCAGAAGCUGUCUGUAAGGGAUAUCGACAUGUCCCUGAAAGUGCGCAAUGUGGAGCCGCAGUACGGAUUCGUGGCCAAGGACUUCAUACCAUUCAGAUUUGCCUCCGGUGGCGGAAGGGAGCUGCACUUCACGGAAGAUAAAGAGAUAGAUCUCAGCGAGAUCACUUCCACCAACACGGUGAAGAUCCCGCUCGAUAUAACCCUUCGUUCUCACUGGUUCGUGGUCGAGGGUGUCCAGCCCACAGUGCCGGAGAAUCCUCCACCCCUCUCGAAGGAUUCCCAGUUCCUUGACUCAGUUAAUCCAGUGAUCAAACUAGAUCAGGGUCUAAACAAGGAUGCUGCCGGCAAGCCGACCACCGGCAAGGUGCACAAACUUAAGAACGUGGAGACCAUACACGUCAAGCAGCUGGCCACCCACGAGCUGUCCGUGGAGCAGCAGCUGUACUACAAAGAAAUCACCGAGGCCUGUGUGGGCUCCGAUGAGCCCAGACGAGGUGAGGCGCUACAGUCCUUGGGAUCCGAUCCGGGUCUCCACGAAAUGCUGCCCCGCAUGUGCACCUUUAUCGCUGAGGGCGUCAAAGUCAACGUAGUGCAGAACAACCUGGCACUGCUCAUUUAUCUGAUGCGCAUGGUGCGCGCCCUGCUCGACAAUCCCUCGCUGUUCCUCGAGAAGUACCUGCAUGAGCUGAUACCUUCGGUGAUGACAUGCAUUGUCUCCAAGCAGCUUUGCAUGCGUCCCGAGCUGGACAAUCACUGGGCUCUGCGAGACUUUGCCUCCCGUCUGAUGUCCCAGAUCUGCAAGACCUUCAACACUCUGACAAACAACCUGCAGACUCGAGUGACGCGAAUCUUCAGCAAGGCGCUGCAGAACGACAAAACCCACCUGUCCUCGUUGUACGGCUCCAUUGCUGGACUCGCUGAGCUGGGCGGCGAGGUCACCAAGGUUUUCAUUAUUCCCCGCCUCAAGUUCAUAUCGGAACGCAUCGAGCCCCAUUUACUGGGCACUUCCCUGAGCAACACGGACAAGACUGCCGCCGGCCAUAUACGAGCUAUGCUCCAGAAGUGCUGCCCUCCCGUACUUAAACAAAUGCGAAACCCACCCGACUCGGCAGAAGAGUACAAAGCCGAUUUUGGCUUCCUGGGGCCAUCACUGUGCCAGGCGGUGGUCAAAGUGCGGAAUGCACCAGCCACCAUUGUGACACUUUCAUCAAACACAAUCAACACAGCCCCGAUUACGAGUGCAGCUCAAACGGCUACGACAGUGGGACGCGUCUCAAUGCCGAGUACGCAACGUCAAGGAAGUCCGGGAAUAUCGGCAUUGCCGCAAAUCCGAGCUCUUCAGACCAAUCAUCCGGCACAGAAGAUUGUGGUGGUUAGCCAAAACACGCCGCAACAACAGGGCCAGGGAAAGGUUGUGCGUCGAGGAAGCUCACCCCACAGCGUUGUCCUCUCCUCAGCUUCAAACGGAGCCACUGCAUCCAACUCUAACUCGAACUCCAGCGGCAACAGUGCCAGUGGCAGCAGCCUUCUAGUCGCAUCGUCGCUACGGAGCAACGAGAAUGUGAUUAGCACCCUAGACGCCAACUCCUUUGUUAUUGAAACGGAGAUCGUGCGUGCCCCGCCCGAGCUGGACGAUCUCUCGCAUCUGGAGUAGUAGCCACCUAGUUUUGUAGUCUAAGUAAUCGUUUCGUACCCAAUAAACAAUAGAAUGCUAAUUCUAAUUUAAGUAA